AUGGCAACUGUCAAGGAAAAACUUAUAGAGAAUGUGUCUGCGGAUGAGACAACCUCCCAGAGAAAGAUCACCAUUGUUGGAUCGGGUGCUGUAGGCAUGGCUUGUGCUAUCUCUGUCUUAAUAAAGGACUUAGCAGAUGAACUCGCCCUUGUUGAUGUCGUAGAGGAAAAGUUAAAGGGAGAAAUGCUGGAUCUUCAGCAUGGCAGUCUCUUCCUGAAUACUCGGAAGAUUGUCGCUGGAAAAGAUUAUGCUUUAUCGGAGAACUCCAAAUUAGUUAUUGUUACAGCAGGAGUAAGGCAGCAGGAAGGAGAAACUCGCCUUUCUCUGGUCCAACGUAAUGUGAAUAUCAUGAAAUCAAUCAUUCCAGCUGUAGUUCAUUAUAGUCCUCAGUGUAUUAUUAUUGUUGUUUCAAAUCCAGUGGAUAUUUUGACAUAUGUGGUCUGGAAAUUAAGUGGGUUUCCUGUGGCUCGUGUAAUUGGAAGUGGUUGUAAUCUAGACUCUGCCCGUUUCCGUUACCUAAUUGGAGAGAAAUUGGGCAUCCAUCCCACAAGCUGCCAUGGCUGGGUUAUUGGAGAACAUGGUGAUUCUAGUGUGCCCUUAUGGAGUGGCGUGAAUAUUGCUGGUGUUACUCUGAAGUCUAUAAAUCCUCAACUAGGAACUGAUUCAGACAAGGAGCAAUGGAAAAAGAUUCAUACACAAGUUAUUCAAAGUGGUUAUGAGAUAAUCAAACUGAAGGGAUACACCUCUUGGGCAAUUGGACUCUCAGUGGCAGAUAUAUCAGGAACAAUUUUAAGAAAUCUUAGAAGAGUACAUCCUGUUUCCACUACAAUUAAGGGUCUAUAUGGAAUAAAUGAAGAGAUCUUUCUCAGUAUCCCAUGUAUCUUGGGGCAAGGUGGUAUCUCAGAUAUUGUGAAAGUGAAGCUGAAUUCUGAGGAGGAGAGCCUUUUAAAGAAGAGUGCAGACACACUUUGGAGUAUCCAAAAAGAGCUACGCAUUUAA